AUGGACCAGCCGCUGUCCCGCACAGUGAGUGCGGAGAGCCCACAGACAUGGCAGCAACUUUCGUCUGCAAGCGGCGCAUCGACAGCGGGCAGCAAGGCAAAGUCGAGCGAGCCGGAGACGGGCGGACGCAAUGUCGAGCGAGCGAGCGUGUCGCUGCCCCCACUGGGGUCAAAGGCCAUGCAACAAAUGCCCGCGCGCCGGCCGUCCAAGGCGUCCGAUAGCAACCUCUUUGAGUAUUUUGGAAGCGCGAGAAGUGGCUCUGCAAUUGAGGAAUCAGAUACUACGCCAACGCUAGAGGGCACCCGUGGAGGGCUCGGCCAAGUGAAUCCUCUGCUGCUGCCGGAAGCCUUCCGACCUCCGCGAUCUGACGUCGAUGCUACACCUGCAGAUUCUCAUCGAUUGUCUUUUUCGUCUUUGUAUUCGAUAGGAUCCGCAAUCUUCGCCAACAACCGCGGAAACAAUUGGAGCGGACGAAGCUCUCUCGUAGGCUCCGAGCCAGAAGUCAAGAUGGAAGGCGCCCCACACACCACCACGGCCACCACUUCGCUGUCCGUCACCACGUCGAGCCAAAAUGGCAGCCUGGGAACCAAAGUGUCACCAACGCAAUUGCUCUUCCCCCACGACCAAGCGGCAAACACGGCCAGUCCCAGCAUCGGCCCAACCAACCCCGCCGCCUCGCCCACCCCCGGCCAACAGCCACUAUCUUCGCAGCCUCGCCGCUCACGAAGCCGAACAACUCAGAGGCGCAUCAGUGGAAGCACUGCUCCGAGCAGCAGCCCCGCGAGCAGGGACAUGAGGGAGAAGAAGCCAACAAAGGGAAUCAUUGGCGUCUGUGCCCUCGAGUCCAAGGCACGCAGUAAACCUGCGCGCAACAUCUUCGGCAAACUGGUAGAUGAAUUCGAGGUCAAGAUCUUUGGCGACAAGAUCAUUCUCGACGAGGCGGUGGAGAACUGGCCCAUCUGUGACUUCCUCAUAUCCUUCUUCUCAGACGGCUUCCCCCUGGACAAGGCCAUAGCAUACACCCGACUACGCAAGCCAUUCUGCGUCAAUGACCUGCCCAUGCAACAAGUGCUUUGGGACCGCCGCUUAUGCCUGGGUAUCCUCGACCAGCUCAAUGUCCCCACGCCUAAGCGGAUUGAUGUAAGUCGCGAUGGCGGCCCGCGGUUACCAUCGCCCGAAUUCGCAAAAACGUUGUACGAGCGAACCGGACUGAAGCUUCAGGGGCCAGAAGAUGGCACGGGUGGGGGUGUUCAGGCACCAAAAAAGGUCGAACUUAUCGAUAACGGUAAUGCGAUUCGCGUAGACGGUGUCACUCUUACGAAGCCUUUCGUUGAGAAGCCGAUGAGUGGUGAAGACCACAACAUUCACAUCUACUUCCACAAGAAAGAUGGUGGUGGCGGCCGAAGACUCUUCAGGAAGAUCAACAAUAAGAGUUCAGAGAGAGAUGAUACUCUCGAUGUACCCCGGGCUAUUCUAGAGCCCACAAGCAGCUACAUUUUCGAACAGUUCUUGCAUGUGGAAAAUGCCGAAGAUGUCAAAGCCUACACCGUCGGACCAAACUUCUGUCACGCCGAGACGCGGAAAUCGCCUGUAGUGGAUGGCUUGGUCAAGCGCAACCCCAGUGGUAAGGAGGUUCGAUAUGUGACAAAGCUCAGUGAGUCCGAAGCACUCAUCGCAUCCAAGAUUUCCGAAGGAUUCGGCCAGCGAGUCUGCGGAUUUGACCUUCUUCGAACCGGAGACCAAAGUUACGUUAUUGAUGUCAAUGGGUGGAGCUUUGUCAAAGAUAACGGAGACUACUACGACAAGGCAGCCAACAUUUUGAAAGAUAUGUUUCUCAAGGAAAUAUCACGCAAACAACGCAAAGACGCCGCCCAGAACGCCGCUGCCGAUGCACAGGAAGGUACGGAUAGGACUUCUGGAACGUCACAGAAAGGUGCUUCGAGCCAUCGCAAGACUUUGGGAAGGUUAUUCAAGAGUCCUAGUAUGUCAAAAAUGGCUAACCACCCUCACUCCCAUCUGCCCCACAUACGGCAAGCCAAUACUAUGCCGCCGUCGCCUGAGACAUCACUAAGCACAACCCCUGUCGCAGCUUCGCCGAGUAUUGAAAAGCCAAACCCUCUUGCCGCUCUCAGUCCUCCCACAGUCGGCUCUAUCCCCGACAAGCCACGUUCCGAGCCAGACAUAUCACUUCCGCCUGUCAUCGACGACGACGACGAUCUCCAUCAUGAUUCCAAGGGUUCACUCUCAGACGACCAAAUCGUUGUCCCCCCGCCGGCUUCGAAGGCGCAGUGGAAGCUCAAAGGCGUUGUGUCCGUCAUUCGACAUGCCGACCGCACACCAAAGCAAAAGUUCAAGUAUACAUUUCACAGCAAGCCCUUUGUCAAUCUACUCAAAGGGCACCAGGCUGAAGUUUUAUUGAUUGGUGAGGCAGCCCUGCAAAGUGUUAGCGAUGCAGUCAAGGUUGCUAUUGACGAAGGACUGGAGGAUUUAAAGAAGCUCCGUGAGUUGCAACUGUACCUGAACAAAAAGGGGGCAUGGCCUGGUACGAAGGUGCAGAUCAAACCAAUGUUUCGCAAGAGGAGGAAAGAGGAGUUGCAACCUGGAGAGUCCAUGCCAGAAGAGUCUCCAGAGAAACAGAAACAGGCAACGGCCGGUCAUAGCAACGAACCAACGCCGGUCGCUGAUGAUGCGGAUCCAGAACCACUCAAGAACAGGAGUGACUCCAUGUCUGGCGUGACUUUGUCUCGUAUUACCGCCCAAGACAACAACAUGGUUCUCGAUAAACUGCAGUUGAUCAUCAAGUGGGGCGGAGAACCCACACAUUCCGCUCGCCAUCAAACCCAGGACAUGGGUGCAAACUUCCGGAAUGAUCUUUUACUCAUGAACAGAGACGUACUCGAUGACGUCCAUAUCUUCAGUAGUUCAGAGCGUCGAGUUACCACAAGUGCACAGAUCUUCGGCGCGUCCUUCCUGGAUAAAGAUCAGUACCUAGCUGAGCAUAUCCAAGUUCGCAAGGAUCUUCUAGACGACUCCAAUGCCGCAAAGGAUGUUAUGGAUAAGGUCAAGAAGAGACUCAAAACCCUGCUGCGUGCAGGCGACAAAGCCCCGCCGCAAUUCGCGUGGCCGAAAGGCGAGCCGGAGCCUUACAUUGUCGUGCGACAAGUCGUGGAUUUGAUGAAGUUCCAUCAGCGCGUCAUGAAUCACAACUUCAAGAAGAUUGAGUCUGAAGCCAUCUCGUCCCUUACUGCACUAACGUCACCACCAUCACAACCAGCUACUCCUGGCGCAUCUCUCCAUCAACACACCAAUGUGAAUCACAUCCAAUCGCGCUGGUGCUGCAACGAGGGUCCCGAGCUCUUCAAGGAACGCUGGGAGAAGUUGUUCAAGGAGUUCGCAGAUGCCGAUAAAGUUGAUCCUAGCAAAAUCUCUGAACUAUAUGACACGAUGAAAUUCGAUGCUCUUCAUAAUCGCUCUUUCCUUGAGUGGGUCUUCACUCCGGACGCUACCUUUGUUGACGAGGAGUCUGUUAUAGAUUCUUCAAAGCAGACAACACCCGACAACCAUUCUACCAAGUCAAUACCAACUGGCUUAGUCCCGUCGGAGGCCCAAAUGAAGGCGGAAGCAAAGGAGCAGGGCAGUGAAAAACCUCAAGAGCGAGGCAGUAUCACUCAACGAAUGGGUUUCAGGCGCAAAUCUGAGAUAGCUAUCAAGCCCUCCGCACCUCCAGCAUAUGUGCACGAAUCCUAUUUCAAACUCUACACGGGUGUCAGCACCGCCGCUACAAAGGCCCAAACUGAUGCACGUUUGAUCAAGCUUCGGGAGAUGUACCAUCUUUGCAAGGUUCUCUUCGAUUACAUUGGUCCACAAGAGUACGGUAUUGAGAGCGAAGAGAAGUUGGAGAUUGGUCUGCUUACGUCACUCCCCUUGCUCAAGGAAAUCGUUGGCGACUUGGAAGAGCUACAGGCGUCUGAUUUGCCAAAGUCUUUCUUCUAUUUCACCAAGGAAUCACAUAUCUACACCCUACUCAAUUGUAUCUUGGAGGGCGGCAUCAAGACGAAGAUCGAACGCAACGCUAUCCCUGAGCUCGAUUACUUGUCUCAGAUCAAUUUCGAGCUGUAUGAGUCAGAGAACGCCAGUAUUGACAACCAGCCGCAUACAUUUAACUAUAGCAUCCGCAUCACGUUAUCUCCCGGCUGUCAUGCUUUUGCUCCUCUUGAUGUACAACUCGACUCGCGCCACAUGAUUGGCUUCUCGCCUCGCCGCGGUCUUACGGAUCACCAGGAGUGGAAGAAGGUGCUCGAAACACUCCGCGCCAAGUUUCAUACUGUCAAACUGCCGAAGUCCUUCGUCGCCAUCGACCUCAGCGAAAAGGUCCCGGACGCCUUUGAGCGCCGCGCCAACGGGAAGGGGAAAGAAAAAGAAGACUCUAAAUCUGAAGACGAAGAGAGGGGUAGAUCGGAAGAGAGGAAGGACGAUGCCACCCCAAAGGAACCAAUUCCAAUGACUGAUGAAAAGGGCAAUGUUGUUUCACCCGCAUUGCAGCAUGAAAUAUCACCGACCAGACUACCUCCGCCGGCGUUGGAUGCCUAG